AUGACAAAAGCAAAUGUCCAAAACUGGAAGCAGUUAGUAGUCCUCUUGUUAACGUUAUUGGCAGCCAUUGGAUUCAUGUUCAUCUCCGUGUAUCAAUCUGAAGCGACAGCUGCCUGGAGACCGUUGCCAGUCUUCCUGACCAGUUAUCGGAAUAAGACCGACCUCACUCAUCAGAAGAAAAGUGUGGAAUUAAAAAUAUUGUGGUACAAAAUCCCACCUUACUUAAUGCCACAUGUCAACUUCUUCAAAACAAAACCUUGCGAUUGUAGUUGUUCGAUAUCCACCAAUGUGAGAGAUCUCGCCAAAAGUGACGUUGUUAUAUUCACUCAAUAUUUCCUGCCAGCGGUUCCUCCCAAAAAGGAAAAACAUCAUGUCUGGUGUUUUAACACAAUGGAAAAUCGCGCUCUUACUGCCAAACCAGGACCUCUUUGGAAAGAUAAGUUUCAAUGGAUUAUGUCUUAUCGGAGAAGUUCGGAUAUUUUUAGACCGUAUGGAAUUAUAAAGAAACGCGGGAAAAAAAUUGAAAGAAACUAUGCUGAAGUGUUUAGUAAAAAGAAUAAAGUUGGAGUGUGGAUGUCUGGCCAUUGCCCUGUUCCUUCUAGGAGAAAAUCAUAUGUUCAAGAACUGAAAAGGUUCAUGGAAGUCGACAUGUAUGGAACUUGUGGAACACGGAUAUGUAAAACUAAAUCACCAUUUGUUGGCGAGUGUAUAAGAAACUUCUCGAGGGAUUACAAGUUUUACUUUUCAUUCGAGAAUAAUAUAUGUGAAGAUUACACAACAGAGAAGUUAUUUAAUUUUUUCAGUCAUGAAAAUCUGAAUAUUGUUCCAGUCGUUAACGGACCAGCGACGGCAUCUGAAUAUCUACCGAAAGGUGCAUUUAUUAAUGCGUUAGAGUUUCCUUCGCCAAAAGAGUUAGCUAGGAGAUUAAAUGAAAUAGGAUCGAAUGAAAAUAUGUAUACACAGUUUCUGAAAGAAAAAGACAAGUUUUAUUCUUUAACAGAGAUAGAAAUUUUCCGAGAAACAAUGUGCAAUAUUUGUAAGAAAAUAGAAAAGGGGGGACGAAAAAUACCCAACAGAGCGGACUUCUGGAACGAUCAUUUUAAAAAUAAAUGCUAA